AGAUCUACUUUGCUCCGUUUGACGCGGCCAUCUCUCUUGUUCGCUUCUGUGCCGAAUGACGAUGACGAUGGCACCAAGCUCUUGGAUAUCUGUGAGAUUGACUCGGUAAACAACCAUACGGUAUUGGGCCCCCUUAAAUACCAAGUUGUGUUUCGUGAUGCUCUCUUCUAGUAGCACGAGCCUAGACAUCCAAUCCCUACGCUAAACCGAACCCGAAGCUAAGCUGUACGGGGGCGUGUAGCGGGGCCGCAAAGGUGUCUUUCUUUUGGGUUGGGGAUGAAGUCUACUCAAUGCAACGAUUGCACACACAAUGGCUACAACCGCAGCAUCACUUCAACCGUUAAAGCCUGUGGCGUCCACCUCGCUCGAGCAUUCUGGCACCCGUACCGGUACCGAGAUCGUCACCCCGAUUCGAUCUACCUCGCAAACCUUUGUGUCAGGCUCUACUAAACAAAAAGACAAUGCUCAUGGAUUUGGUAUUUUGCAGCAUACAGGUCCACCCGCGAAAGAUGAUAUUCUAGGUCUAUAUAGAGAUGGGCGCGUCCGAAAUCCUGUCCCCAGCAAGCUGAAGGGCAAGACGGACGCUAGAAAAGGGAAUUUCGGGGUCAUGCACAUCGACCUUUCCACCACCAACGAAACCCAGGAGCGUGACGCGGCAGCGAAGCGCACAAGCGAGGGAACCCAGCUUGCGGCCAAACGAGCUCAGACCGAUCGCUAUGUUCCCUUCAAACGCAGCAAGUUCAUAUAUCGGCCCGAAGAUCAAGUCGCGUCCAGCCCGCAACAGUCCGAUGGAGCCUGGCAGAGGACCUCGCCACUCACCGUGGCCGAAACCAAGGCCGAACAGGCUCGGUUACUGAGUUUAUUGCGAAGCUUGCAGCCUGUUCUAGUCGUUGAUCAAUUGUGCAAGGCACUUGCCUUCUUCGGCGAGGGUUCCGAUACGCAGUCUCCCGCCAAUGAAGCUUUUCCAGACAGCGCAAAAGCUAACGGACCUGGUUCCCUGUUUGUGGGCUGGCUUGCUGAAAUUUUCCCAGCCCUCGGUGAAGAGUCGAUACAGAGUGUACAGCACCCGCCGUUGAAGCGUCCACGAGGUCGCCCCAAAGGAAGUAAGAAUACGAAGGGAAAGAAAGACAAUGUUGCUAGGAAACGAUUUGUUCCUGCUGGCCCCUCAGCAGAUCCCACAGGAUACAGCCUUGUCACCAGUGGUUUAGUCAGGGAGUCUGUCCCGGACGACAGCUGGGUCGACAUGGAUAAUACCACAGGAAACGAGGGACAGAUUCUUGAAGGGCAGCUGGAGCGAAGCUCCACGACCCCGUCUCGCAACGAUCAAGUCAUGGCUGGACCAAAUGCUGCUGACAGUGUGCUGGGCAGCGCUCCUGCCAAGGCAGCUCCUGUUACGUUGGCUCCGAAGCGGCGAGGAAGGCCGAAAGGCUCCAAAAAUCGGCCAAAACAAAAGACUAUAUUGAACGACGAAAUCGAGAGUGCCCAGGAUGCAUCUAGCGCAGCAACUGGUUCCAUUAUGUUGUCGAAUGAAGUGGCAGACGAUGCGAGGUCCUCGGCAGUGUCAAUACCCUCAAACACACCCAAUGAUCCUGUUGAACCCGGAAUGGUCGGUGUUAAGAAACGGAAACCAGGACCAGGACGUCCCAAGGGUUCCAAAAACCGACCUAAAGAAACAGUACCCGCAUUUGAGCACAAUCCUCAUUCGAUGCCAGCGUUAACGAAUAUUGACCAUCGCGAGCAAGAGGUAGUUCCGAAUGCUGCAGAGUACGCUUCUCAUUCGUCAUCCGCCAUCACGAUCCUUCCGCUUGUUCAAACCGAGCCGCCGCAGAAUACCGUCGCGGUCAUACAUCGCCCUUCAUUAUCAGAGCCUGCCAGAGAAGCUGUUAGAGACGAUUUGAAGAACGGAGGAGAUUCAAAGGGUAUUAAGCGGAAGCGGAAAUCUGCCCAAGAAGGAAUCCAAUCCAAUCCUUAUGAUGUUCACUAUACCAUUGCCCCAGCCCCGGCACAAAGUCCGUCCGAAACUGUUGAGACUGUCACAUCCCAUAGAGGCUCUUCACCGCAGCUGGCUCGAUAUCACGAUUCUAUUAAUCCGGGUAGUGCACGCGCAUAUCAACCAGCGAAGAGACCGAGGGUUUCCACAGAGCUUCAACAAGAACGCGAAUUGAGUGGCCACAUCAGACAGGCCAUCCAAACCGAGUCACACAGGUCCCAACCAGAUUCAUCAGCGGGUCACUAUGAAGCAAAUCUCGACGGGCUUGGCGGUAGCAGCUUGCAGAAGUCUAGGCAUCAGCUGAGCAUUUCUGCGAGCCGAUCUACGCUUCAGCAAACUCCCAACAACCGGCAAUCUGAGCUCGAUACGCCUGUGGGAUUCAGCAGCAAUAGGGGAACCCCAGGGACUAGCCAACAACAGGCAGAAAGACCAGAGGUUAUGAACACAUUUACCAUGAAUAUACCACGAAGAGCUGUACAAGGCAUACAUGACCAGGUCCAGCCUACUCAGUCUCAUCAACGUCAUCAGCAGCAACAGCAACAACAACCAUCCCCUACACACAAGCAGCCAAUUACCAGCCAGCAUCGUCUCACCAACCCGAAGACUGGCCAAAUGACCUCGACAGCUCGACAAAGCGGGAGCCCCUUUACCUCAUCGAUCAGUGGACGUGACUACCACGAGCUGACAAGCGUGCAACAGCCACCGUUCAAUGCGCAGAUGGCAGUACCGAUACCGACGCAAGAGACCAAUCAUCAUAGUCCCAUGCCACGCUCCAUGCAGCACCACCCUCCCGCACUCCAGAAACGCCAGGCACAUCGAUCGCAGAGCUCAGACCUUUCUUCGUUCCAGGACUAUUCUGAUUCAUCUUUUCUCGACGUGGCGGGACUCGACUCAGCUAGCCAAGCUAGCUUAAACCUGAAUUCGACGUCGUACGAUAUCGGCGAUGGGGCUUUGCAACGAGCCUCGCCCAAUAUCCACUCAUCCUAUGGCCCAGCUUCAAGUAUGAACCUGCCAUCUUUCGAUGGCGGAAACACAGAGUCUGCAUUGAGGGAGCGCAUGUAUCAUAGCUUGAGGCGCUAAUAACCAGCAAGACGCUGCAUCCGUGAUGACUGUAUUAUCAACAAUAGCCUGUAUGCAUUUUUAUCGAACCGUGAACGACUGUAC